AUGGAUCUUGCGUACACCACUUGGGUUUUUCAUGGUGAAUGUCCAAGUAAUAAUGUUCAAUAUGAAGAUGUGGAAAUGCCUGUGGCAUAUAGGUUGUACCAUGACUUUUAUUUCCAAAAUGAAGAAUUUGAGGGGUACCCUUGUGAAAGUAAAGAGGCAGAAAUUGAAAAUUUUGUUAGAGAAGUUGAAACUCCUUUGUUUCUUGGUUGUACUGAGUAUACAAAGAUGUCAGCAGUUGUUGCUUUGUUGAAGUAUAAAGCAACACAUAGUCAUACAGAUAAUGCUUUUGAUGAAAUGCUUAGUCUUACAGAUAAUGCUUUUGAUGAAAUGCUUCAAAUUUUUGUUGAUAUGCUACCAGAAAAUAACACACUUCCUGGUUCAUUAUAUACAACCAAAAAGAUAUUUAAGGCAUUUGAACUUGGAUAUGAGAAGAUACAUGCAUGCGUGAAUGAUUGUUGUCUAUUUAGAAAUGAUCUUGAGAUGGUAGAGGAAUGUCCUAAAUGUGGUUCUUCGAGAUGGAAAGUGAAUCAACGCAAUUCUAAAAUUGAAAAGGGAGUCCCUGCAAAAGUAUUGCGUUACUUUCCAAUAGUACCACGAUUGAGGAGGAUGUAUGCAAUAACUGAGACAGUUGAACAAUUAAGGUGGCACUCAACACAUAAAAGUCAAGAUGGUAAGAUGAGACAUCCCGUUGAUUCCUUGGCAUGGGAUAGGAUAAACAAGAAGUGGCCUUCUUUUGGAUUAGACCCUCGAAAUAUUAGAUUUGGCCUUUGUACUGAUGGUUUUAACCCUUUUCAAGAUCUUAGUUCUAGAUAUAGUUGCUGGCCAGUUAUCUUGGUUAUAUAUAAUUUGCCUCCUUGGUUAUGCAUGUCUAAGGAUAGUUUGAUGUUGACCUUACUAAUCCCAAGUCCAAAACAGCCAGGUAAUGACAUAUACAUUUAUUUGGCACCACUUAUAGAUGAUUUAAAAGAUCUAUGGAAUAAUGGGGUGAAGGUGUAUGAUGCAUUUAGUAAGGAGAUGUUCAACCUAAAAUCUGUUUUGAUGUGGACAGUAAAUGACUUUCCAGCUUAUGGAAACCUAUCCGGAUGGUCUACCAAAGGAAGGUUUGCAUGUCCAGUUUGUCGUAAAGACACAUGUGCUGAUUGGUUGACACAUAGUCAUAAAUUUUCAUACAUGGGUCAUAGAAGAUUUCUUGCUAUGAAUCAUCCAUAUCGCAAGAAAAUGAGUUGGUUUAAUGGACAUCAUGAAGAUAGGAGUAGACCAAAGAUUUCUACAGUUAGCUAUUGCAAUGACUACUAUAACACCAUAUUGCUUAUUGAUUUACAGAAUAUACUUCUACGUCAUAAUUUGGAUGUCAUGCAUGUAGAGAAGAAUAUUUGUGAGAGUAUUAUUGGAACCCUUUUACUUACGAAGGGAAAAUCUAAGGAUGACAUCAAAUCUCGUAAAGACUUGGAAAAUAUGGGGAUUAGAAAAUAUUUGCACCCCAAAAAAACAGGAAAGCGUUUUUAUCUAUCUGCAGCACCUCACACUCUAUCAAAGAAAGAGAAGGAAACUUUUUGUUGGAGGCUUGCCAAUUUAAAACUACCUGAUGGUUAUGGUUCAAAUAUUGAAAAUUGUAUCUCCCUGGAAGAUAGUAAGAUAUUUGGUCACAAGUCCCAUGAUUAUCACAUGCUAAUGCAGCAAUUGCUGUCGGUGGCAUUGAGGGGCCUUUUACCUAAAGAUCCAAGGACUGCAAUUUUCCGGUUGUGUGCAUUCUUUAAUGAGUUAUGUCAAAGAGCUGUAGAUAGAAACAAACUAGAAAAAUUGGAGGAAGACAUUGGAGAAAGAGAAGCGGAGAAGACGAAGGAAUCUGUCAACCGAAUAUUCCCGUGGGAGGAAAUUUGCUCCCACAGAUAUGUUAUGAAUCGGGCACGACCGGAAGGGUGUAUGGCUGAACGCUACCUUGCUAAAGAGUGUGCUUUGCUAUGUAGCAGGAUGCAUUUGGAUGAACUUAGGCACUCAAAUAGACAUCUAUUAAAGAAUGAAACUUUAUUACAGAAAAAGCACGUGGAGUCAUUUAGCACAUGGUUGGAUGCUAAGAUUAGGGCAGAGAAGAUGGUCCACAAUGUGUCAAAUACUUUAAAGUGGCUUGCGCGUGAGCCUAGUCGCUAUGCAAUUUCAUAUUCUGGUUUUAUUAUCAAUGGUCUUUGGUUUCACACUAAAGAAUUUGAGAAAUCUCGUCAAAACAGCGGUGUUUCACUUGAAGCAACAACUAUUUGUGUAUCUAGUGCAAGAGACCAUACACCAGUCACAGGGAAAGUAGCUUAUUAUGGGGUUUUGAGAGAAGUCAUAGUCUUGUCAUAUCAUGAAUUUUAUAUUGCUUUAUUCAAGUGUGAUUGGGCAAGCAUUGUGAAUGGCAUCAAACUAAAUGAUGGAUUUACCUUAGUUAACCUCCACGAAGGACAAAGUCAGUUUGAAAGGGAUCCUUUCAUUUUAGCAUCACAAGCUAAACAAGUUUUUUAUUCUAGGGAGGAUGAGACAUCUAGUUGGUAUGUUGUCAUGAAAGCACCUCCCAAAGGAUUUCAAGAUUUGGAGAUAUCCGACGAGAUGGAAAGUGGCACAUCUACCCCAUUUGAUGUAUUAGAACUUGAUUAUGAUGAUGAUGAUGAGAAUGAACAAUAUGUGCGAAUGGACGUCGAUGAAAUGUUUUUUGAUGAGUAG